AACAAACACCCCUCUAUAUAUCACCCAAACCUCCCCAUGUCUCUUUCUCUUUCUCUCCAUCAGAAAGAAAAACUCAGCACAACACCCCUCCCAACCCUCUUUUUCUCUUAAUUUCUCAUCAUAUCAUAUCUAUUAAUCUUACACAUAUAUUAAGACAUAGAUAUAAUUUUUUUCGUUUUAUUUUUCCCUGCAUGGGCUGUUAAGAUAAGAUGUCUCGCACGUGCUCACUGUGCGGCAACAACGGCCACAACUCGCGGACAUGCACCGACGGUGGCGCCGCCGCUUCCUGCGGCGGGUCUCCCAGGGAGAACGGCAUCAUGCUGUUCGGCGUAAGAGUUAUGACCGAAGCUAACUCCUCCUUCCGGAAGAGCGCCAGCAUGAACAACCUCUCACAGUACGACGCGGAAUCCAACGCCGCCGACGCCGGCUACGCCUCCGACGACGUUGUUCAUGCCUCCGGCCGCACGCGCGAGCGCAAGCGAGGUGUUCCUUGGACGGAGGAAGAGCAUAGGUUGUUCCUGUUAGGGUUACACAAAGUCGGAAAAGGAGAUUGGAGAGGAAUUUCUCGAAACUUCGUGAAAACUCGCACGCCUACUCAGGUCGCUAGUCACGCUCAGAAGUACUUCCUCCGCCGCCACAACCAGAACCGCCGUCGCCGGAGAUCUAGCCUCUUCGACAUCACCACGGAUACGGUGAUGGAAUCUUCUACUAUAAUGGAAGAAGAACAAGUUCCGCAAGAAACGAUGGCGGCGCCUAUCCCCGCCGCAUAUCCGCCUUUUCCCGGCGCGGGUUUUCCGAUGAGUCUAUCUCCGGUGGUGUUGCCGGUGAGUGGUGAGAGACUGACCAAGCCGAUCAGGCCGACGCCGAUUGUACCGGUGCCUCCGUCUUCGAAGAUGGCUAAUUUGAACUUGAAAGGGAAAGCUUCUCGGACAAAUCUCAUUGAGCCUUUGCCGUUGUCGUUGAAUCUGCCAUCGCCAACGCCGCGGUCUCAGGAUCAGUCGCCGGCGAAUAGUGGCCACUCGUCGCCGUCAUCGUCUUCGGCGGCGGCUUUUCAGGCUAUGUCUGCAGCGAAGUUCGGCGGCGGGGGGGAUAGUAUCAUCAGCGUUGCUUGAAAAGAAGGAAACAAAGAACAAAUGAGUGUCAUUAACUUAUUAAGUAUGGUCUUAGUAGUUAAUUUGGGUAUGUAAAUUAAUGUUACAAAAUCGGGCAUGUAUCCAACAGGGAAAAAAUCUAAGAGAUAUGUGUUGGAGAUUUGUUUAUUACGAAAGAUGUAUGAUAUAGGUAGGAGGGAGAGGAUAUUAGAAUUAAAUGAGUAUGAUGGUAAUUAUGAUUAGAAAAAAAAUAAAUAAAGAGAUAUGUAUGGUAAUUAGGUUAUGUAGGUAAUUAGGCAAUUUAAUUGCUGAUUUCAGUGUACAGGUUUAGUGGAAUUAAAAAAGAUGGGUUGUCAUAUUCUCUAGCUGUUGAGGGAUUCUUGUUUCUAUAUGUAUGGGGGAGUGUGACCGUGAAAUGAUAGGGCACCGGGUACUCUUGAUAAGCGAUUGGUCUGUGUAAUGCCACUGGGGUCAUUAAAAUAUUGCUUAGAUUAGACAAAAGGAAUAUUUCAUGCUCACCGUUGAAUUCUUGUGCACAUGCCAUUGAGCAUGUUUUUUUAGUUUAGUUUCUUUGUUUGGCUUGGUGCGUUCA